GGCAACGAACUGAAACCAACUAAGUGACCCGUCCCCGGGGGUCGCUCAGCGACAGACGCCGGGGCUGUGCCACCCCCUCCAGCGCGCGCGGGGCAGGCAGCUUGUUCGCGCCCCCCACCCCCGAGGGAAUCAAAGCACAAUGGUUCACAGCCAAUCCAGGAAACGCUCCCGAAGCAGGAGUGAAAGCGAUGCUCAAAGCAGACAGGACAAAAAAGACGAAAAGAAAAGAAGAAAAAGCAGUAAAGACUCAAAGAGAAGCAGUCUGUCUCCUCCAAGGAAGAAGGCAUCCAGGUCUCACAGACGCAGGUCGAGCUCAGCAUCUACUAAAGAUGAGACAAAGAAGGCCAAAGACAAGAAGAAGAGAAAGGCAAGUACCUCCUCCUCUGAGACAACAAGUUCGUCUUCUGGGACUUCCUCCUCCUCCAACUCCUCUUCAGAUGAUUCAAGUGACAGUGAAUCCAAAUUGAAAAAGAGGAGGCACAGCAAGAAGAAACGAACAACACAGAAAGACAAAAAGAGAAAGAAGAAAAAAAUAAAAAAGAAACUGAAAAAGAAAUCGAAGGCCCGGCCUAAAGAGGAGAGAGCCACGGUGGAAGGCGUGCCGGGCCCGUCACUGGAGCAGUGGCAGAAAGAAUCUUUGGUGGAACCUGGCCCAGUUUUGACAGAUGAACAAAAGUCCCGCAUCCAGGCUAUGAAACCAAUGACGAAAGAAGAAUGGGACGCAAGGCAAAGUGUCAUCAGAAAAGUCGUGGACCCCGAAACGGGAAGAACAAGGCUUAUUAAGGGAGAUGGAGAAGUACUAGAAGAAAUUGUCACCAAAGAAAGACACAAAGAGACUAACAAGCAAGCCACCCGAGGAGACGGCCUGGCCUUCCAGAUGAGGACAGGGAUGCUUCAGUAACAGUCCAGAUGUCAAGUACAUCAGGAAAGGUGGUUUUCUUGUUCUGUUCGCUGAGACACUAAUCUGCCAAAGCAGAAGCUCCCCAUUCUCCUUGCACUGACGAGAUGUGUGUGUGACACAGCAGGAUCUUUGCCCUUUGGACAUGUCCUGUUCUGCUGGGUCCAUCUAGUGCCUGGAGGAGGGAGUGACUUUGAUGGCCAUGGCUUCUCUCCUGCCAGUCCAUGCAAAGUCCUUAAGACCUGACCAACAUUGCUCUCAACUUGGUCACUUUCUGAGGCUCAACCCACUGCUGCUCAGUGAUUAAGCAAAUGAUUCUCAGGCAGUGAGAAUCCCACCAGGGAGCUCAUGGGUGCCAUCAGCACAACAAUGCUGAGUCCCCGGGGGAGACAAACUGACCCAGUUAACACCAUGUUAUCUUUAAUACACUUCCUUGAUGGUGAUUCAUAUUCCAAGCUCUAAGGCAAAUACCCGGUACCAGGCGGCCAUAACCCCGCUGAUACUGGGGUGACUGCCACAGUGAUCCCCUGAAAUGAGGCCGCUUUGAAUCAUUUUUCACAAGUGGUUGCUAUGUGCCUGCUCUUUGAAUUAAUAUUUGCCCUGUGUUUGGUUGGAUUGCCCGGUUACACAGGGGUCCCUUUACUAGCCCUUAGCUGUACAGAGACACAUUCAUACAUUGCCCCAGCUUUGUGCAGGCUGCAACAUUAGGUCCAUAUCCUGCAAGGUGCCUUCUCUCACUGAGCCAAUGAGAGGUGAAGGCACUUGGCAUGGUACAGAUUCAAGCUAAUUAGCACUGGCUCCCUUGAUGGCAGGCUGCACUGGGAGCUCAGCUGCUGUACCUGCCAGUGGGUGAAGUGUAAUGGGCAGGGGUUUGCUCAGCCUUGCUCAUGUCCCUGCACCAAAGCGAUGCCCCUUCCUUGCUCUUUGUCUCUUGCCACCCUACGAAGGUGCAAGGGGCAGUUUUGGUUUGUUCGCGAAAUUGGCCUUUCAGAAGCAGAGGAGCCCAGGAAAACUCUGUCUUCUGAUUCCCUGCCCCCACCCCCAACUUGGUGAAUCUGAAAAC